AGAUUCUGUUUGAUUUGGAAGCAGAUAAAUUAGACGUAUUAUCAAGUAGCUCUACAUAAAGCUCAGAGGACGGAUAAAAGUCACAAGCAAUGUAUACCCGAAUACAAAAACUCGCUGUAGUGACAUGCAUUUCCAUCGUGUGCCUAUGUCAUGCAGGCGAUUUAGAGCACCUGUCUGAUAUAGAAGAAAUGUUCAUAAACAGACUAUUCAAGAAGUACGGCAACGAGACGGCAAUGACAUUUGAGGCUUUCGAGCACCUGUUCCAAAAUUUAGAAAUAGGUGAUAUGCAAUUUACACACCAUAUCAAUGACCAUAUAAAAAAUAUGGACUUUGUACCAUUGCAUCCAGACCACAAACACGAACGACAUAAACUGAAGACAACCACAGAGAACCACAGACACCGCAGGAAUAAAGAAACAUUCUCAGAAUGUCUUUUUCCUGUUGAUGUGGUAAAAUUGUUCGGGUUCAACACACGAGAUGUCAUUACUGCUGACCAAUUUCAUCACAUGUGUCCAGCCCUCGUGGUGCAGCUUGAUAGUGGUGUAUGUCCUCAUGCACAUGCGCAGUAUGAUCAGCAUAUGACGGAGAAUAUUCGUGGGAUGGAAGAUCUGGCCAGGAUACCCUCAGAAGUCUGGGGCUACGGGUCAGCCUCUAUUUCGGUCAUCAGUGUGUUGGGUCUGUUAGCGGUCUCUGCCAUCCCCUGUUUACAGAAGGUUUUUCUGAACACCGUUCUGCAGUUUCUGGUGGCUUUAGCGGUGGGGGCUCUCACUGGGGACGCCAUGUUACAUCUGCUUCCUCACGCGUUAUCUAUCAAAAGUGAAGAAAGUGAUGGCGGGCGUGAGGAGGUGUACAAGGGGCUUUGCGGGCUUGCCGGCAUCUACUGCUUCUUUAUAUUCGGUCGCCUGCAGGGCAUCUACAUGAACAGGAAAAUAGAGGACAAAGGAGAAGAAAAGAAAGAAAAUUAUUUAGAUAUUUCCUUGACAAUAGACUCAAAAGAACAAGAUCUGGAAAGCAUUGCCCUAAAUUCUGCCGAAUCUAAACAAACAGACAAACAAUAUCAAACCUCUCGUCAGGAUUACAAACUUCCAGAAGAGACUGACCACGGUCAUUCGCAUGACCAUCCUGUUCCCCGAACCGUGGGGGCGUUAGUGUGGCGAGUAAUUGUGGGGGAUGGCAUUCACAAUUUCAGUGACGGGAUUGCGGUAGGGGUAGCGUUUGCCUCCAGUAUCACGGGCGGACUAAGUACUUCAGUAGCCGUCCUAUGCCAUGAGUUACCACACGAAAUGGGUGACUUUGCGGUUCUUCUAAAGAAUGGCAUGACGAUUAAGCAGGCUGUCCUGUACAACUGUUUGUCAUCCCUGCUGUCAUUCAUUGGGAUGCUUGUGGGCUUGGCUGUUGGGAACAUUGGGAACUCCAGUCCCUGGAUAUUUGCCGGGAUUGCUGGCAUGUUUCUACACAUCUCUCUCGUGGAUCUUUUGCCAGAGAUGAGCUUACUGGAUUUAGAGAACCGAGGAAAAAGGCCAAUUUGUCAGCUUUUCUUCCAGCUGGGAGGCAUUCUAGUUGGUGUUGGCAUUAUGUUAUUAAUUGCCAUUUAUGAACAUCAACUGAAAUCUUUAUUCAAUGGCUGAAUGCAGGUGAUCAUUGAUCUUGCUUUAGUUCUAUCUCGAAAAUAUGAAAACUUGGAAGCAUUGUUACUCGUGUUUUACGGUAUUCAUCAAGAUCAAACCUUUAAUGUAAAAUGAAUACCAGUGGACAUCACGCACGAUUACGGAGUCAUAAUAUUAAUGAGGUAUUUAAAAGGUUUGUCAACGAGUAAUAGUACUAAGAAUAUUGAUUAUUGGUUGUAGACAUUCUUCGUUAUAACGCAAUACGUGCACACACGAAUUUUGAUGAUUACUUAUCCGUAUACUCAACUUAUAUGUAGGUGUUUACCCACACCGUGAGUGAUACUCGUUUAUCUUUUCAUUAGAUAUGCUCAUUGUGUGCAUUAAAAUCUCAUGAAGUGUCCUUACCAUUGUUCAAUGCUGGAAGUUAAAUUAACAUUACUAAAAAGCAGGGUAUAUGUAACAAAAAACUUAUUUGGCUACGCCGUUAGUCCAAACCAAUCAGUAAGUUGUUUUUCCACACAUCGCAAUGCAUUUAGUAUGUGGAUACAGGAGGAUAAUUCAGGCCAAUUAAAAUUGAUUGAUAGAUUAUCAUCCCCACCCGCCCCUCAAAAAAGGGCCCGUCCCGAUUUUUUUUAUUUUCGCAAAAAUUACGAUUUCAAACAAAUUUGCUUCCCAGUGACAUGAGUGAAUGCUUAAAGCCACAGAAUGUUGGUUUUAUAUCUUCUACCAAGGAUUCUUUGAAUGUUAACUUGAUUAACACUUUGUGUGAUGCCUUUUGUCUUUAAUUUUUCUUUCUCGGGAAAUGAAAAUUAAAAUCCUCCCACCCGCUUCAUAUUUUUUGUGACCUGGAUGAUAAUUGCUAAUUGAGUUGAAUUGGCCUAAUAUAUCUCGGACUACGAUGUAGCAGGAUACAGGUAUUGUUAACACAUUUAAGUUCGUUAUUUACAAAUGAUAUUUUAUAUUUUUGUAAUGGUAAUAUCCGGUGUUAUUCACCUUGAGCCUAAUUCCUUACUUGCACACAUAAACUUUAAUCCUGGAAUUCUGACUUAGAACAUUGCCAAUACAACACAUUUUGCUUGACGUGCCUUUAUACGUGGUACAUGUACUUGAGUCGAGUAAUACAGAAUGAAUAAUAAUUGCCCCCGGAACAAAGUCUUCUACCUCGAGAUAUGGUUUCACUUGAUUGCGUUUGUGUUCACGGUAUUUACAAUUUGCUUCCUUUAGAAUUCCUUUGAUAUGAAGAAUGGGCAUGCAUUUUAGCUAGAUCAUUCAAAGAAAAUAUACACAUUCUUAUACAAAAUAUAAUUUUUUUUUGAAAAGUUGAAAUUAAAAGGGCAUGGACAUGAUUUUGGAGAACAAUAUUACUUACUUAUUAAUGCUAUGAUAGUAUUUGAUAUGUGUAUAUCAUAGCACUUUUCGUUAUAUUCAACUUUUCUCAAACCUAAUUUUUUUAAAAUGACGUAAAAUAUGUAUUGGGGACAUCUAAAUUUUAUUACAUGUCACAUGACUCCACUAUCAUCAAGGUGCCAAAGUUGACAGCUUUGGUAAAAAGAAAACUUUUACAGCGAAAAUUGAAACAAGGCAGUUUUCUUUUUAUAAAUCUAUAGAAAUGAACGCAUAGCAAAUUCUAUAUUGAAAUCAUGCUACCAAGAUGUGCUUGGAGGCCAAUGAAGUUUAUAAUAUGUACACUAAAAUGACGUUUACAAUAUGAACAUUAGUAAUGAAGUUUACAAUAUGUACAUUAGAAAUGACGUUUACAAUGUGUACAUGAUAAAUGACGUUUACAAUAUGUACAUGAUAAAUGACGUUUACAAUAUGUACAUGAUAAAUGACGUUUACAAUGUGUAGAUUAGAAAUUAUGUUUCAAUGUGUACAUUAAAAAUGGUGUUUACAAUGUGUAGAUUAGAAAUGACGUUUACAAUGUGUACAUUAGAAAAGAUUCUGAUAGAUCUGAUUCGAUACUAAAAAGCUUGUUCUGCAUAUGAUCAGUUUUUAAAUCGAGGCAGGCUACUGACAAACACGUUGAUGUUACAAGGGUAUCAACAGUCUCGGUUAAAGUAAGCAUUUUGCAAUUCAUAUAGUUGUUAUGAUAAUCUAGUUUACCAAUACAACCUCUUCACCUUGCAUCUUUGGGUUUGAUGCUGCACUGUGUAUUUCAUGCCAACUUUUCAUAGAAGUACAUGUAUAUUUGUGUAUAUAUUUACGUAUAACUUGCAAACUGAACUCUUAUUGCAUCAUGAACGUUGUUAUGGUUAUAAUAUUUACAUAAGUCUAUAUGGCGUCACAUCUUUGAAGACGAGCACUAUGAAGUGACAUUUUCAAUAAAACACGAUCCAAAAUAUCAAAAUGCUUCAUAUUUGACAUCAAAUUGCCAAAAAUGUUCAUAGUACUGGUUGAAACUAUUUCCAUGACUUUGUUGCACAAGAUUUGGAAGGUGUCAAUGAAUUUUCGCAUUUUUCAUAUCAUGCUUACAUUACAUGGCUUUUAUCUGUGUAACAUAAAUUUGUCUUGUAUACUACUUGUACCUAUUUACGGUUUAUGACAUAUAUUCGUAAUGUGAAAUAAAAUCAAAUUAAAGAACAA